GCUCUUUGUGGCCUGUAGAGGGAGAGGGGAGUGGUCUCCAGGGUCCUGACCUCUGCUCCCUGUCUCGCAGAGUGCCUGCUUGCUGUGCCCCCGGGUUAUGACGACCCCCAAUAAAGGAAACAAGGCCUUGAAGGUGAAGCGGGAGCCAGGCGAGAAUGGCACCAGCCUGACUGAUGAGGAGCUGGUGACCAUGUCAGUGCGGGAGCUGAACCAGCACCUGCGGGGCUUGUCCAAGGAGGAGAUCAUCCAGCUGAAGCAGCGGCGGCGCACGCUCAAGAACCGCGGCUACGCCGCCAGCUGCCGCGUCAAGCGGGUGACGCAGAAAGAGGAGCUGGAGAAGCAGAAGGCGGAGCUGCAGCAGGAGGUGGAGAAGCUCGCCUCGGAGAACGCGAGCAUGAAGCUGGAGCUCGACGCGCUGCGCUCCAAGUACGAGGCCCUGCAGAACUUCGCCAGGACCGUGGCCCGCAGCCCCGUGGCGCCGGCCCGGGGCCCCCUCGCUGCCGGCUUGGGGCCCCUCGUCCCUGGCAAGGUGGCUGCCACCAGCGUCAUCACGAUAGUAAAGUCCAAGACGGACGCCCGGUCGUAGGGACGCGCGCUUGCCCGGGCGGGUCUGCAAGGGGCCAUUAGGCGCAUGGCGAGUUUGGCAGCCCUGUCCCCUUCUUUCUCCUCUCCUCUUCUUCCUCUCCUGCCUCCUCCCUUCCCUGCAAAGCACAACCUGCACCCCAGGGGCGCUGGGCUGAGCCCCUUUGAUCUCGUC